AUGAUGCACCCAUCCCGUCAGGCUUAUGUCGAGGAAGCCCAGGACACAGACAUGGGCAUUAGCCUUGCCGAUCUCCCCACCGACCAAGACUAUGAACUUCCUCCCUCUGCUGCGGGAAUCCCCGCCGAGCGGGCCUCCGCGAUUCUAUCCCAAUUCGAGCGCAAACGCAGAGCAGCCGCAAUGGCCGUACCGACAGACGACACCCGAGUGCGCAAACGGCUACGAGAGCUCGGCGAGCCCAUCACACUGUUCGGCGAAGGACCCGGAGACCGACGAGACCGUCUGCGCGAGCUCUUGACCGAUCUCUCGGAAAGGCAAGCGGGCGAGGACAUUGAGAUGGAGGAAGCCGAGAAUGAAGAGGAGGCAGAGCAACAGGAAGAGUUCUAUACAGAAGGCACGGACGAGCUAUUAAAAGCGCGCAAAUCCAUCGCGCAUUAUUCUUUGCCCCGAGCAAAGGCCCGUGUCGCCAGACUCAAGGAGGAAUCGACGAUCCCCCUCCGCACACACGUGAAGCACCGCAAAGCGAUCAAGGAGAAGCUUCAAGGAUUUGAUUUGUACGGCUCACAGAUUGCUGGAGAUCGUCCUGUGAGUAUCUGUCGAUUUGCGCCUGAUGGACAGACGAUCGCGGCGGGUAACUGGGCUGGCGGAAUCAAGUUGCUCUCCGUGCCGAAUUUGGACGAGAAGGCUACCCUCAAGGGACAUACAGAUCGCGUGGGAGGCCUUUCGUGGUUCCCCGGAGCGACAUUACCCCAAUCGAAUGUCUCCCCUUCGUCGGUCAAUUUAAUAUCCGGGGGUGGAGAAGGUAACAUUAAUCUAUGGGCGUUGGACCAGGAACAGCCCUUGGCUACACUUUCUGGUCACUCGGGGCGUGUUUGUCGGACAGAAUUCCAUCCUUCCGGACGGUAUGCUGCAUCGGCUUCUUACGACACCACUUGGCGACUGUGGGAUGUCGAAACUACAACAGAACUGCAACUACAAGAAGGUCAUUCGCGAGAGGUGUACGCGGUGUCAUUCAACAAUGACGGGUCUCUCCUGGCUAGUGGUGGAUUAGACAGCAUUGGACGUAUUUGGGAUCUGCGAACUGGACGAACCGUGAUGGUUCUCGAGGGCCAUAUCCGCGAGAUCUUCGCCAUGGAUUGGGGCGUGGAUGGCUACCGGGUCCUCUCAGGAGCCGGUGAUGGCUGGGUGAAGUGCUGGGAUCUGCGCCAGGCGCACACAAAAGUGUUGUGUCUGAUCUACGCUGGUAUAAGGGAGCUGAGGGGGGCUUCUUACUUGCCGACUACGGACACCAACGGCCAGAUGGAUAUCGAUGGUGCCCCGCCUGCUGAAGCAACCCCGGAAGCCCCUCAACCAAAGAAGUCGGGGACUUUUUUUGUUUCCAGUGGAUUUGACAAAAAUGUCAACAUCUUCAGCGCGGAUGACUGGUCCCUGGUUAAGAGCCUCAGCGGUCACUCAGGUAACGUCUUGAGUACUGAUGUUAGUGAUGACGCCAAAUGGAUCGCAAGUUGUGGCCACGAUCGGACUGUCAAGCUGUGGGGAAUUGAGUGA